AGAUUGAAAAAGGUAUACUCUUCUCGUUUCCUUUUCUCCGACUCUCCAUCGUCAAUCGCUACAGCCAAACGCCGUCCGGCCACUGCCCGCCUCUGUAUCUUCCCAUAUUCAUCCAUCCUUCUCAAUCCUCCGUUGAAGAAUUAUUUAAAGCUUGAAGCUUCACGCCAAUUGCGAGAUCUUGCUGAAGAAGUCAGUCUUUUGCCCAACACGUCAAAUUUUCCGAUUUUCCUGAAAUGGGGAAGAAUGAAUUCCUAACCCCGAAGGCUAUCGCGAACCGAAUCAAGGCGAAAGGUCUGCAGAAGCUGCGAUGGUAUUGCCAGAUGUGCCAGAAGCAAUGCCGUGAUGAGAACGGAUUCAAGUGCCACUGUAUGAGCGAGUCGCACCAGCGCCAGAUGCAGGUCUUCGGCCAGAACCCCACCCGAAUCAUCAGUGGCUACUCCGAGGAGUUCGAGAGCACGUUCCUCGAGCACAUGAAGCGGAGCCACCGCUUCAGCCGCAUUGCUGCCACCGUCGUCUACAACGAGUACAUCUCUGACCGCAACCACGUCCACAUGAAUUCCACCAAGUGGGCGACGCUGACGGAGUUCAUCAAGUAUUUGGGGAAGGCUGGCAAGUUGAAGGUGGAAGAGACCCCCAAAGGCUGGUUCAUCACCUACAUUGAUAACGAUUCAGAGACUCUGUUCAAGGAGAGGAUGAAGAAUAAGCGCCUUAAGGCGGAUAUGGUGGAGGAGGAGAAGAUGGAGAGGGAGAUUCAGAAGCAAAUUGAGCGAGCUGAGCAGAUGGUUGGGAGUGACAAGGGUGGUGAAGAAGAAGGACUUGCUAAAUCGAGAAUGUUGGAGAAGAAUGAUGAGGAGGGUGGAGCAAAGAUCAAGUUAAGCUUGGGGCAGUCCAAAAAGAACCCAGAGAUGAAUGGGAAACGGGGGGAUAAUACUAGGUUGUUGUUUGAUGAGGUCGAGCAAGAGAGUAGUAGUGGGAAGCGGAGAAGAGAAGGCGAGGGUUCGAGUAAGAAUGCAUCAGUUUUGGAUGAGAUGAUGAAAGAGGAGGAGAAAGCUAAGGAAAGGAUCAAUAGAAAGGACUAUUGGGUUUGCCCAGGGAUUGUUGUGAAGGUUAUGAGUAAAGCUUUGGUGGAUAAGGGGUACUACAAGCAGAAGGGCGUCGUGCGCAAGGUGAUUGAUAAAUACUGUGGGGAGAUUGAGAUGCUUGAGAAUAAGCAUGUGUUGAGGGUUGAUCAGGAGGAGUUGGAGACGGUGCUUCCUCAGAUAGGGGGUCUUGUCAAGAUAGUGAAUGGGGCGUAUCGCGGUCAGAUUGCAAGGUUACUGUCAAUCGACACUGAUAGAUUUUGUGCCAAGGUGCAGAUUGAGAAGGGAGUAUAUGAUGGAAGAGUUCUCAAAGCUGUUGAGUAUGAAGAUAUUUGCAAACUAGCUUAGUGGCAUAUGGAUCUUGAGAGUGUUUAAUGUAUUGCUCAGUGGUUGGUUUUGAAUUGAUCAUCUGUUCUAAUUGUAUCCAGGUUGAAUGCUGUCUUCUCUGUUCUGUUAUACUUCCCUUUAUGAUGUUGAUGUUUAAUUUUGCUGUAUGAAUUGGCAAUCUCAUUUUCUUUGGAA